UAAUGUGUUCCACUCCAAUGGCUUUUAUUUAAUUUCUUCUAGUUCACAAGUCAUUGAUAUCAAAGAAAUCUAAUGAAAUGGCUUCUUGUGCUACAACGACUAUCUAUAUAUGUCCCAUCUCAUGAUUAAGCCAGUUUCAUAUCUUCUGGGGGGGACUUCUGAAUUGACUCAUGUACACUUUCCCUUUCCCUUACCACCUAAAGAAAGCCAGGUAGUGACGGGCUUUUGCUCAGUUUAACAGUCAUUUAUACUCUCCUUAUUCAGGCUUUCAAUCCUCUCAGAAAGAUUACCAGCUCUUGGAGGCCAGGAAUUUUAUCUUGUAUUUCUGUAUUCAUCACACACUGAGCACUUUCCGUGUGGUGAGAGUGGGGAGGGACACUUAAAUGGGUUAAAACAAAUACUAACAGCAUCAAAAACUACAAAGACUAUAAAUCAAUUCUUAUGGAAGAUAGAAUAUAGUUGCAAUCACUUAAACACGAUGAAUACAACAUUUGUUCCUAGGGGACAAUCUGUGAAUGGUAUUUAGGUAGCUUUCAUCAAACUGAAAAUCUGUGGAGACGCAUGGUGGCGCUGCAGGAUAACAUCGUGGGGAGAAAAACUACGCUGAUGACACUGUAACCCACUGCACACAGAGCGCUGGGGAGAAAAAACAACCCAACAAGCUGCAAGGAAGGCGAACUAGAAGCUAAUAAAAGAAGGUUAAAAUCCUUAGACCUUCCUAAGAUUCGGUGGACAUAGCAGAGGCACAUUUCCCAGAACUGCGAAGAGGAGCUGAAGCGAUUCCGCAGGAAGCCUUGGGGAAAGGAGCCAUGGAGACCGGAGGAACGGGCGCCCUGCGGAUCAGGCAAGUCCUGCUGUUCUUUGUUUUUCUGGAAAUGUCUCGGGCGGACUCUGAGUCUGGGCGCUUUUCGGUGGAAGAGGAAAUGAAGAGCGGGAGCUUUGUAGGCAAUUUGGCAAAGGAUCUAGGACUGGAUGUGCGUGAGCUGUUCUCUAGGGGGGCUCGGGUGGUCUCUAAUGGUAACAAACACCAUUUGCAGCUGGACUUAAACACCGGGGAUUUGCUCUUAAGCGAAGCGCUGGACCGGGAGGAGCUCUGUGGCUCCGUCGAGCCCUGUGUUCUGCGCUUCCAGGUAUUAAUGAAAAACCCUUUGCAGUUUUUACAGAUUGAGCUCCAGGUCAGGGAUAUAAAUGACCACUCCCCUGUCUUCUUAGAAAAAGAAAUGCUCCUAGAGAUCCCAGAGAAUAGUCCCGUGGGCGCCGUAUUCUUACUGGAAGGUGCGAAGGAUUUGGAUGUAGGAAUCAAUGCUCUACAGAGCUACACGAUAAGCCCCAACUCUCAUUUCCACCUUAAAAUGAGAGUCAAUCCAGAUAAUAGGAAAUACCCAGAGUUGAUUCUGGACAAGGCGCUGGAUUAUGAAGAGCAGCCAGAGCUCAGCUUCAUCCUCACUGCCCUGGACGGUGGGUCUCCGCCCAGGUCUGGGACGGCCUUGGUUCGGGUGGUGGUCUUGGACAUUAAUGACAACUCCCCGGAGUUCGAGCAGCCCUUUUAUGAGGUGAAGAUUCCGGAAAAUAGCUUACUAGGCUCACUGGUUGUCACCGUCUCCGCUUGGGAUUUAGACUCUGGAAAAAAUGGGGAGAUAUCAUAUACUUUUUCCCAUGCCUCAGAAGAUGUUCACAAAACAUUUGAAAUUAAUCAAAAGUCUGGAGAAGUUAGUUUAAUGGCAUCGUUGGAUUUUGAAACAAUUGAAUCAUAUUCAAUAAUAAUACAAGCCACAGACGGGGGAGGGCUUUUUGGAAAAUCCACAGUCAGAAUUCAGGUGAUGGAUAUAAAUGACAAUGCCCCCGAAGUCACCGUGUCAUCAAUUACUAGCCCAAUUCCAGAAAACUCAUCUGAGACGGUGGUUCUGGUUUUUAGUAUCCUAGACAGAGAUUCUGGGGACAAUGGGAGGAUGCUUUGUUCUAUCCCAGAAGACCUUCCAUUCAUACUAAAAUCUUCAGUAAAGAAUUACUACACCUUGGAGACGGAGGGACCCCUGGACAGGGAGACCAGAGCCCAGUACAACGUCACCAUCACCGUCACCGACAUGGGGACCCCCAGGCUGAGAACCCAGCACAACAUCACCCUGCUGGUGUCCGACGUCAACGACAACGCCCCCGCCUUCACCCAAACCGCCUACACCCUGUUCCUCCGCGAGAACAACAGCCCCGCCCUGCACAUCGGCAGCGUCAGCGCCACAGACAGCGACGCGGGCGCCAACGCCCAGCUCACCUACUCACUGCUGCCGCCCCACGACCCGCGCCUGCCCCUGGCCUCGCUCGUGUCCAUCAACGCGGACAACGGCCGCCUGUUCGCCCUGAGGGCGCUGGACUUCGAGGCGCUGCCGGCGUUCGAGUUCCGCGUGGGCGCCACGGACCGCGGGUCCCCCGCGCUGAGCAGCCAGGCGCUGGUGCGCGUGCAGGUGCUGGACGCCAACGACCACGCGCCCUUCGUGCUGUACCCGCUGCAGAACGGCUCCGCGCCCUGCACCGAGCUGGUGCCCAGGGCGGCCGAGCCGGGCUACCUGGUGAGCAAGGUGGUGGCGGUGGACGCGGACUCGGGCCAGAACGCCUGGCUGUCGUUCCAGCUGCUCAAGGCCACGGAGCCCGGGCUGUUCGGCGUGUGGGCGCACAAUGGCGAGGUGCGCACGGCGCGGCUGCUGAGCGAGCGCGACGCGGCCCGGCACCGGCUGCUGGUGCUGGUCAGGGACCAUGGCGAGCCCGCGCUGUCGGCCAGCGUCACGCUGCACGUGCUGCUGGUGGACGGCUUCUCGCAGCCCCACCUGCCGCUGCCCGAAGCGGCGGCCGACCCGGCGCCGGCCGACCCGCUGACCGUGCCCCUGGUCAUCGCGCUGGCGGCGGUGUCGUCGCUGUUCCUGUUCUCGGUGCUGGCGUUCAUCGCGGUGCGGCUGUGCAGGCGGAGCAGGGCCGCCUGGGUGGGUGGCUGCUCGGUGCCUGAGGGCCCCUUUCCGGGCCGCCUGGUGGACGUCAGCGGCACCGGGACCCUGUCCCAGAGCUACCAGUAUGAGGUGUGUCUCACAGGAGGUACUGCGACAAAUGAGUUUAAAUUUCUGAAGCCGAUUAUCCCUAACUUCCAGACCCAGUAACCUGGGAAAGAAAUAGAGGAAAAUCCUACCUUCCACAAUAGCUUUGGGUUCAAUAUUAAGUGACCAUAAUUACCUUUUAUACCCCGUACGUAUUUUUAUUUUGUGCCACUUCCAUACCAUGUUUCCUUUCCCAAUACGUGGGUAUUUUAAAUAUGACUUAAAAUUGAAUUUAGAGAGAGGGGAAGUGAGAGGGAGAAAAACAUUGAUAGGCUGAUUCUUGCAUGGCCCCUACUGGAGAUUGAGCAGCCACCUGGAGAUGUGCCCACACUGGGAAUCUAGCAGGUGAUCUCUCCGUGCAUGGGAAGACGCUCAAUCAACUGAAACUCACCGCCCAGGAUUCAAUAUGUGGGUUUUUAAAAUUGUACUGAGUUUUAUAUUUUAUAUUUAGUUUUAUAUUUUCGCAUGUUCUACCCACCUUUACUUUUAAGUGACUGCUUAUCAUUAUUUGUGGUUGUACCCCUGACCCUCUCUGCAAUUGAACUUUCACCCACAAUUAGGCUUAUGGUAAAAAAAUGCAGACCACUUUCAAAGUAUCUUUUUUUUUAUUAAUUAAAUCUUUAUUGUUCAGAUGAUUACAUUUGUU